AUGGGUGUAUCAAAGGAACAGUGGGCUGAAGAAAGCACGGAGACUACUGGAGCGGGUGAGGGAUCAUCCUCCCAAUAUCCUCCCGAAAAGACCGGAUGGCAUGAGCAAGACGAGCCCAGCUGGACGCCACAGCCACAACGGUUUUCGACCAACUCGACUGAUUCCACGUGCUCUCCGGCUACAAAGACUGAGGGCCUUGAUGUGUCUCGUUUGGUCACAAUGCCGCCGCCGUAUCCACGUCAUCACCCCGCUGUGAAUAAUAAUCAUCCCGAGCUCACAGAAACAAGAACUGCGGUCCGAGGCUUGAGUGAGCUUGGUGAGAUGGACGACACAAAAGAGAAGUUUGCACUGGCGAGCUCCAAGCGACGCGAAGAUUUCGCAACAGCCACGGCCGAACGUCGUAGGGCUUUGAGAGAGAACCUGCAAAAGGAAUUAGGUGCGGGCAACAUUGGAUACGCAGAUGCUGCUGUCAUCGAGGCGGAUUCCGAAGCACAGGAAAGAGAUAAGGCCAAGGAAUUGGAAAAGAAGGAAUACGAGCACUUUCAAAAUGGUGUCAUCGUGCCAUUGAACGAGCUACUCAGUGUGCGCAUAGCCAAGGCAACGGAGCUUUUUGACAAUUUGGCCAGUCAACUGUUUGGCAGCGGUCAAAACGAUGCCGACAUGCCUCAGGAAGAAGGAGACGAUAGGCCAGAGCUUCUUGAGAAGCUUACCCUUCUCAAAUGGAUUUUUGAGACUCGGGAGUUUCUGCACAGGACCAUUUUCGACCUUUUGACGGACCGCAACGCUAGGUACCGCGACGUCGUUCUCACACCCUAUCGAUUGUCUGGUAAUACAGAGAAGCUCAAAUCUGCCGAGGAGUUUUUUGCCGCUGAUGCCUCCAAUCGCGAGAAUGCUUAUGCAAAUGAGGUCCUCAACCGCGCUCGCGAAUUCCGUUCCGUCGUCGACUCUGCCGUACAGCGUGGCGUUGCACUACAACUGUCUGCUUUCUGGGACAUUGCACCUCCGCUUCACGGCCUGGUAGACAAUAUCCCGCCCAACCUGGAAGGCUUCGAGAUUCAGAUUCCGCCUAGCGAAUUCGACGAGAACCCGGCCUAUCGCGAUCACCCCUUACAGUACCUCUUUAGUCUGCUACUUCACGCGGAGAAGAGUACCUAUCAGUUUAUCGAGUCGCAUACGAACCUGCUUUGUCUUUUGCAUGAAGUCAAGGAAGCGGUUGUCAAUGGCAAGGGACGCGUACUGGAGACGCAGCUUCAAGAAGCUGAUGGCACACCAAUCACUGCAGAGACGAGAGUGGCUCGCGCGCAAAAGAUGCGCCAAGAUGAGGGGCGCCGGCUUACGGCAGACCUGCAGGAAAAGGUACGCGAGGUGCAGGAGCAGUGGAACAAUGCACUGGGCGAGGAACUCAAGAACGUCAAGGAGCGCACACGGGAAUGGCUCCUUGAAACGGGCGGAUGGGAUGAGACGCUGGAAGAAGGCGAUUUCGGGGCGCGAGAAGAAUGA